GUUUCUUCCAGAGCGUCACGGCAGAUCCAAACAGAGCACUGACAGUAUCAGCUUUGCUCCUCGCUCUGGUUUCUAGGCAGAGUUUUUAAGUAUCGACAAUAAACAUGUCUUCGGUUCAGCAUAACAGAGCGCUUAUUAAUGAGCAGGAAACUGAUGCUGAGGAAGGAUUCCCUGAGUUUAAAGAAAUCAUCGUCAAGUCUGAAGAAGAGGUCGACGAUAUGCCACAAUAUUAUUCGUGCAAAGAUGAAGAGCAGAUCUCUAACCAGGAGAAGGAAACCAGUUUGAACCAAAAGGACACAGAACUUCAGCAGAUGAAACGGGGCCAAGAGGAACAAGAGCACCUACUGACACAAGAGGAGCAGGGAGAACUGGUGCAUCUGGAGAUAAAGGAGGAAGAAGAGGAACUCUGCAUCAGUGAGGAUCAGGAGGGUCUUGUGUUGAAGCAGGAGACAGAUAACUUAACAACUGUUGGUAAUAUGGAAAAAUCCCCCUUUAAACAUAACCGAACCAAGCUUGACCAAGCCAAUCAGGAAGGAAACAAUCCAGAAGACUCCGGAUCCAGAAGAGAUGAAGAGCCAAAACAAAAUAACAGCCUUUUGAAAACUCACACAUUCAAGAAUCUGUACUCCUGUCAAAUCUGUGGCAAGAUUUUUCCUCAAAAUAGUCACCUGACAAGACACAUGAGAAUUCACACAGGUGAGAAGCCUUUCACGUGCGUCACGUGUGGAAAAAGCUUCAGUCAAAAAGGUAAUUUAGCUUAUCACAUGAAAGGCCACACAGGGGAGAAGCCUUUCUCAUGCAUCACCUGUGGAAAAAGCUUCAGUUUCAAAAGCAUUUUACUCAUCCAUGCAAGAAUUCACACAGCUGAGAAGCCUUUCUCCUGCUUGACCUGCGGAAAAAGUUUCACCCAAAAAAGCAGUUUGACUUAUCAUAUGAGGGUUCACACAGGUGAGAAGCCAUUUUCCUGCAUGUUCUGUGGAAAAACCUUCAGGCAAAGAUCCAAGUUAACGCGUCACACUAGAAUUCACACAGGUGAGAAGGCGUAAAACUCAAAGCAUUAGGGUGCUUUGUAACUGAACAUUUAGAUGCUGCAAUGAUUAACUGAAAGAAUCACACUAAAAUACUAAUUACACUAGGG